AUGGGUGGACUUUUCUUCUUAUACGGUCAAGGUGGUAUUGGAAAAACAUUCUUAUGGUCAACUAUAUCAUGUUCAAUUAGGUCUAAAGGAGGUAUAGUUUUAAAUGUUGCUUCAAGUGGAAUUGCUACACUUUUGUUGCCUAAUGGAAGAACUGCACAUUCAAGGUUUAAAAUUCCUUUGGCCAUAAAUGAGGAUUCUUUGUGUAGCAUUAAACAGGAAAGUCCUCUUGCAAGGUUAAUAUCCAAGGCCAAAUUAAUCACAUGGGAUGAAGCUCCAAUGAUAAGUAAGUAUUGUUAUGAAACUUUAGACAAAUGCCUCAGAGACAUCUUAAGGUGCUCAGAUUCGUAUAAUGCUCAUUUGCCAUUUAAAGGUAAAGUUGUUGUUCUCGGAGGAGAUUUUAGUCAAAUUUUACCUGUGAUUCCCAGAGGCUCAAGGCAAGAUAUAAUUCAGUCUUCUAUUAAUUCUUCAUAUUUGUGGCAUAACUGUAAGGUUUUGAAGCUUACAAAAAACAUGAGAUUAUCACUAGAUGGUGAAUCGAUCGUUCAUAUACCAUCUGACAUUUUGAUUAAGAACUCUAAGACAGCUUUGGAUGACCUCAUUGAUUUUGUGUAUCCAGAUAUGUUAUCCAAUUUAUCCAUUGAAAAUUAUUUUAAGGAUAGAGCAAUUCUUGCACUAACUUUAGAUUGUGUCACUGAUGUCAACAACAAGAUGACUGCAGGAUUACCUGGAUAA